UCAGAACUUAGAACUAGAAGCGUAAAGUGUAAAACACUAAAACUACACACAUUAGAUUUGUCUCCUCCGAUUCCGAACACGAAAAUCGCAGCAGGCAGCACAGUUACUGUUGCUGACAUGGCAGAUGGCACCCUCCAAUCUAACCGCCAUCACUGCGCAGCUCCGCUUUCAAACGACGUCGUUCGUUCGUUUGAAACUACUCAUUGGACUGUUCUCCCUUUCAUCAGGGAUAGCUUUUGUAUGAUUGGUUAUGCUAUUGGUGCCACUACAAGUGCAUUUUAUGGAUUCAUCAAUGUUUUGCCGGACCUAUGUGCUUGCAUUUUCUCAUUGGUUGUCAUUCUGCUUUUACUUAUGUGGUGGAGAAAGAUUCCUAGGAUUGUACCUUAUGCUUUCAUACUCCGGUUUGAAGUUGAUAACAUGGUACUGAGUACUGACAUAGACCUCUCUGCAAUUCAGGCACCACCUGUGAUAGUGUUCUCUUCUGCCUGUGCAGGACUCGCAGGUGGGGCUGCUCCUUCUUUGGCACAACUUGCAUCCUCAUCUUAUCAUGCAGCAUAUUGAGCUCCUGCCUUACCUCCGCCAUCGAUGGAUGAUGAUAAGAUUCAGAAUUCAAGAUCAUCCUCCAGUAUCCAACACACGUGCAUGUUCAUGCACACGCACAGAACCACACAUGUACAUACUCUGGCCAGUCGUCCUGUCGUGGAUCUAAGAUCCUUCUUUUGUUUUUUUGGGUGUAUAUAUGAAAUUCCUACAGUUCAAGCUUAGGUAACCACUACAUGUCUUAUCUGUGCAUGAUUUUCCUCUUGUUUUGCAUAAACUCCUGAUUUAGGAGUUAGUGUUUAGAGUUUAUAAUUGCAAAUUUAAUUAACCUUUUAAGAGUAGUAUAUUACAACGCUGAGUCCAAGUAGUACAAUUUGGCUGUCCUUCUGGUAUCAA